AUGGCUUCCGCUACGCUUAUCGACGGGCAGGGUCUGCGAAUUGCUGUCGAAGGAUGUGGGCAUGGCACGCUAGAUGCUAUAUACGCAUCAACAGAGAAAGCAUGUCAAGUAAGAGGCUGGGAUGGAGUAGAUCUCCUCAUCAUUGGUGGAGAUUUCCAGGCAGUACGGAAUGCACACGAUUUAACGGUGAUGUCCUGCCCGGUCAAAUAUCGAGCAAUUGGCGACUUCCACAAAUACUACAGCGGCUCCAGCAAAGCCCCUUACCUCACGAUAUUCGUUGGCGGCAAUCACGAGGCUAGUAGCCAUCUUUGGGAACUGUUUUAUGGCGGCUGGGUUGCGCCAAACAUGUACUAUAUGGGGGCCGCGAAUGUCGUGCGAAUAGGUGGUGUUCGUGUUGCGGGAAUGUCUGGCAUCUGGAAAGGUCGAGAUUUUAACAAGCACCACCAUGAACGCCUGCCAUACAAUUCAGAUGAUAUCAAGUCAAUAUACCAUGUUCGCGAAAUCGACACACGAAAGCUCCUACUGUUACGCUCACAAAUUGAUAUUGGUGUUAGUCACGAUUGGCCGCGAGCCGUUGAACGACAUGGAAAUGAAAAGUUGCUAUUUCGGAUGAAGCCCGAUUUUGAGCAGGAGUCAAAAGAUGGAACGUUGGGUAACCAAGCAGCAGCCUACGUUAUGGAUAGAUUGCGGCCGCCAUACUGGUUUUCUGCUCAUAUGCACUGCAAGUUUUCUGCUACCAAGAGUUAUGAGAGUAAUGUACACCAGGUGACUGGACCUGUCACUUCCUCAAGCGCAACAAGAGAUAUCACCAGCUCCAAGUUGGAUGAGGUUGAGACCCCAGGCAGCCUAGCUAUGCCCCACAACGAAGACGAGAUUGAUUUGGAUUUGGAUGAUGAUACCACACCUCCUCCCACAAUUAUUAAUAGUGGAUCUGCAAUUCAAAAUCAAGACGAGAUCAACAUAGAGGACGACGAGGAGGCCACGAGUAAAGUAUCAGCAAUAACUUCAUCUGUUCCAAUGGACAUUCGCGCUCAGCUUCCAGCGGCAUUUUCGCGAGCUCCACCCUCACAGCGUCCAACUCCAGGACAGCCCUGCCCUCCUGAGGUGACCAACCACACGGUACGAUUUCUUGCUCUGGACAAAUGUUUACCAAGUCGUAAGUUUCUUCAACUACUGGAGAUCUUGCCGCACGGUACGCCCAAGGAUGACUCUACGACCGCUGAACCGAGUGCUAGAGUCAAGCCAAAAUUCGAGUACGAUCCUGAAUGGCUAGCUAUCACACGGGUCUUUGCUUCUGAUAUAGUUCUUGGGAGCAAAACUGUUCCUGUACCGCGAGAUUUAGGAGAGUCUCACUAUCGGCCCUUGAUAGAAAAGGAGCAAGAAUGGGUCACAGAGAACAUUGUCAAGGCAGGAAAGCUUGAGAUCCCUGAGAACUUUGUUGUUACCGCUCCUAUAUUUCAAGAUGGGAUGCCAGAGAUCGUUAGCGAGGGGCCUGUUGAAUACAACAACCCUCAAAUGCAACAAUUCUGCGGUCUGGUAGGCAUCGAAAACAAGUUCUUUGCCACUGACGAAGAGAAACAGGAGAGGAUGAGGAGUGGCCCACCUCCAGCGGAGGAAAGACGGGAUGGUGGUUUUGGAAGAGGACGUGGGAGAGGACGAGGAGGGGGGAGAGGGAGGGCAAGAGGGAGAGGCAGAGGGGGGCGUUGGUAG